AUGAUCGAAACUCGGAUCGAAAUUGCUGCCCCGCCCGCUAAAGUGCGGGAAGUUUUCCUCAAUUUCUUAGCACACCCAGAAUGGCACACGAAGUGGUUGAAGGAAGUCAAGCCUGCUGACGACUCCAAAACGGGCCUAUCACUUGUGCCGGGUGAUAAAGUUCAUGUUCAAAUCGGAGACAUGAAGUUCACUGCUGAAAUCAGGGAAAACUCCGAAAACCUGUUCCAAUGGCAAGGUCCUCCAAUCUUUACCGUGGCCGGCCUCCAUUCCUUUCACAUAGAACCGACCAACGAUGGAUCAUCCACUAUUUUCAAGCAGACUGAGGACCUCAAGGGAUUGAUGGCUUGGCUCAUGAGUCCUUAUCUUCUAGGAAGAUCCAUGGCCGCUGAUUUCGAUGCCUUUAACAAAGAUCUCAAGGCUCGUGCUGAGACCUAA